AUGAUUUCUCAGUACGCGGCGGAGCUAUGUGCGCUCCUGGUCGAAGAUAACUUCGGUGAGCUUUUUGCGCGUAUCUUCUCGACCCUCCAACGCUACGAUCGACUGUCAUUCCCUCGACUGAAGUUCUACUCGCGCCUCUCUGACCGCCAGCUUCGCCAUGGUCUCGCCGCCAUGAUCCAGCACCACCUUGUAUACCAUUACACCUCCCUAGACGAUGGCGCCACCUACUACGAGCCCAACUUGCAGGCGGCGUACUAUCUCGUUCGGUCAGGGAAGAUACUCGAGCUCAUCCAGGAUCGGCUGGGGAAAUAUGCGGCUACUCUUAUGUCAACCAUCAUGUUCCUCGGACACGCCCAAGUGAGCUACCUCGAGACUCUUCCGGAGCUGCAACCCGAAUUCCCCAAAGCAAACGGCGUGAAGGGCGAAAGUGAGACGGGCGAGAGCGAAGACCAAGCAAAUGGGCAUGGGGAUGAUGGACAUACCUUUGAACAACCAGCGCUGCUCCAUCCGACCCUGAAAGCUUUGGCGUCUCAUGGAUACCUUAUCCGGGUCAGGGAUGCACAAUUUCAGAGCUAUGCCGAUAAUGCUUUGGAUGCAGAACGUGCGCUCAAGUCACGGCCUGACGUCAAACAACUGAAAGGGAAGAAGCUCGAUGAAACAGUGCUAGACGGAACCCUCGCUCUCCUGAAAGAAAAGUUAGACGGGGACCUCACCCGGGGGUUAAUGUUCAACGGGCUGCCCCGGGGUGCCAAGAGGAGGCAUGCUAAUGGGUCUGCGGAUGCCCCCAACAAAAAGGCACGGGUAGAUUAUGACGAUGAUGAGGAUGAGGAUGAGGAUGAGGAUGAGUGGUCGGAUGAUGACAUGGGUGGGGAUACAUCCCCCAUGGAGUCGGGAUUGGUUGUUCGGGUAAAUUACGAAAAACUUGACGUUGCCCUCCGGAAUAGACGGUUUCUGGACCUUGCCGAGUUGAACUCGUCACCAGCUACCGCACAGGUCUACGACUGCCUCCUUCGUCGCAUAGAAUACCAAACCAAGCAAUGCCGAGAUAGCGCUGAAAUACCCCGCGAAGGAGAAGAAGGCGAACAAUACUCCGCUGCGAUCGCCCUGAGUGCGGUGACAGAUGAAGUCGACCCGCUGCUGGACCUUGCAGGCUCAAUAGGGCCGAUGGAGGUGUCGCAGCCCGUCAACAGACGUGGAAAGAGACCGUUAGAGGACGGUGUCAAUGGAACGGAUCAUGAAGCAUCAGAAAAACCUAGCCGCAUCUACGAGGUUGACCAACACCUUUCUCUCCUCUCUCAGCCCCCCUACAACCUUACCUCCAAACGCAUGCUCUCUGGUCUCAUCACCUGGACCGUUGAGUUCCGACAUCUGGCACGCAAGCUUCGCCAUCUGGAACUGGAACGGGUUAUCGAAGCCCGUUAUGGCGAUGUCGCACUGCGAGUGAUCCGGGUACUUCACGCCAAGGGCAAAUUAGACGAAAAGCGUCUGCAGGAAAUCAGUCUUCUUCCGUUCAAGGACCUGCGCCAGGUUCUCGCUAGCAUGCAGGCUGGUGGGUUUGUUGACUUGCAGGAAGUACCGCGAGACGCGCAGCGACAGCCGUCACGUACAAUCUACCUGUGGUUCUACGACCCGGACCGUAUCCGCAGUAGCAUGCUGGAAGAUACCUACAAGGCCAUGUCCCGGUGUCUGCAACGCCAGCGGUUCGAACGGAACCGGCUCAAGGAGUUUCUGGAGAAGACGGAGCGGAGUGAUGUCAAGGGUAACGAGGAACGGUAUCUAUCUCAGGCAGAGUUGACCCUGCUGGAGCAGUGGAAAGCCAAAGAAGCCUUAUUGCUUGGUGAAGUGGCCCGGUUAGAUGACAUGGUUGCGGUCAUGCGAGACUACUGAGGGGUUGGUUUUCAGCCUUCUAAUGAGCGAUGAAAUGGAAGAGGCUUUGAGCGUCCUUGCAUUCGACAUGUCCAUAGCGAGAGCCUUCUCCAUACACAGGAGACACGCGAAAAUGCUCUCGAUUCAUACGUAGUUCGAACUGUCCAAGCGACUGCAUCUAUGUAUACAUACCGUUAUUGUUCUCAUCAAAGGAGCAAUUUUAAAAUUCAAAUUC